CAAACUAAGGGUGGGUCCACUGCCCCCAGUUUCUCUCUGCUUCCUGUCAGCUGUGUGGUGACGGCUGCGGUCCCCAAACAGACAAGAUGGCAUCAAAGGCACUGUGUAAAGUGGGAGAUGGGGGGGAGGCCAUGCUGAAGAAGGAAAACCUCAAUGUUCUGAAUGCACUCUAUCAAAUGUCGAAGCCUUUUCCAAACCCCAAGUCUAUGAACAGGACCGUCACUACCAAAGGACUCCCACUUUCCACAAGAGGCAGUUUGGUUAACUUCUUGGAGGAAGAUACCAUCAAUCUACCGAAGCCGAUGCCAGUGGAGGAUUCUGAAUGCAGCUCUGACGACACCAGCAUCUCCCCACUCUCAUCCACCUUGUUGAAUCCCAUCAAACUGGCUGUGACCCAGCCCAACAGCAGCUUCUUUGCAGGGAUGCUAGAGGGGGAGCUGAACAAACUCAGCCUCUCCUCGAUGGGCAACGACACACACAAGAGGGACCUGGCUCUCUGCCCCCGUCCAUCGAAAUCCCAAAUAGUCCCUGGGGGCCUGCUGGACCUUGACAACCCUGAGCUGGACACAGACACCUCCUCAACACCCUCAGAGUCCUCUGUGGUCAUGGAUGUGCCGGAGGCGCCCUUCAUCUGCGAACACACAGUCAGCGACUCCACGGCUGUGAUUUCCUGGACGUAUUCCCUGGGCAAGCAGCAGGUCAGUUUCUACCAGGUCCUGUUGCAGGAGGUGGUCAAGACAAAAGACAAUGAGCCGCCCAAGACAAAGAAUCGCCCGUGGAUCUUCAACAAGAUCUUGGGCACCACUGUUAAGCUGAUGGAGCUGAAGCCUAACACGAGUUACUGCCUCACCGUCCGUGCGGCCAACACAGCCGGGGUGGGAAAGUGGUGCAAGCCCUACAAAUUUGCAACCGUGGCCACUGACUUGAACAGCUUUCCCGAGAACAACCCCAUCCAGAUCACCGUGCAGCGCAAGGAACCCCAGCGGAAAACCGUCUCCAUCGGGUUGGAGGAGAUGCGGAAGCUGGAAGAUCUGGAAUACCUAUUUCCCUACUAAGGAGGGCCCCGGGAAGCCCCUCACCUAUCUUCAGCUUCAGCCUCAGCCCAGGGCUCUCAGGAACCAGAAUCGUGAGAUGUACCACCAGCACCAUGCCAGGGAACUGCUGACCACCCUGCCCAGAGCCUGGUGGCGAUGCUCCCAAAUCUACACUCCUGGGCCCGGGCCUAGGCUAGAUAGGAGCUCCAUUCACCUGGAGACGCCACAGGCCAGGUCUGGUCAGCUACUGCCUACAGCUGCUCGGCAUCCUCCUCCCCAGAUCUGGGCUGGGUCCAGUCCCUUAUUAAAGCA